AUGGCAAAUUCUCUAGCUCUGCCAUCACUACUAUUACUAUCACUAAUCAUAUUAGCAAGUCUUAACCUUUGUGUUUGCAUGCGCUACUCCCCUCUUCUUGGUCAGUGCAACCCAAGCGGCUAUCUUCAUGGAAGGACCGAAAAUUGCAAUCAAGAGAAUGAUUCUGACUGUUGUAGGGGUGGCGAGUCGUAUCCUCAAUACCAUUGCUCGCCACAAGUUACGGGCGAAACAAAAGCAAUCAUGACCAUCAAUAGCUUUGCUAAAGGUGGAGAUGGUGGUGGCCCUUCAGAGUGUGACAACAAAUAUCAUAGUGACAAUGAGAAGGUAGUGGCUCUCUCAACUGGAUGGUACAAUCACGGGAGUCGUUGCUUGAAAAACAUUAGGAUAAAUGCCAACGGGAGGUCGGUUUUGGCUAAGGUUGUGGAUGAGUGCGACUCAGUAAAUGGUUGUGACUAUGAUCAUGACUAUCAACCGCCAUGCCAAAAUAAUAUUGUUGAUGCUUCUCCUGCCGUGUGGAAGGCAUUAGAGAUUCCAAAGGCUGAUAUUGGUGAAUACCACAUAACAUGGUCUGAAGCUUGA